AGAGGGGCCAGGGAGCCCUAAUCGCCAAAGCAAUGGAGGUGUUUCAAGUUGCUCCAACAGCUCUCCACAUCCCUCAUCCUCACCAGGUACUCCAAUGCAGGCGCCACACCUCCUCCGCCUCCAAGGCCAGGCAGAAAAUCUUCCAGCAGCAAUGCCGGAAGUUCUCGUCCCCGGGCAGGACAGUAGUGCCAGUGAUCGCAAAGCAGCCAGCAGUGAGCCCGCCCUCGGUGUCCGAGCGCUCCGCCGAGGGAAAGUCCCUGGAUUGCGUGAUAGUGGGAGCUGGGAUCUCGGGGCUUUGCACAGCACAGGCGCUAGCAACGAAGCACGGCCUGCCGGUUACCUCCAUCCUGGUGACCGAGGCAAGGGAGAGAGUAGGGGGAAAUAUCACGACGCUGGAGUCGGAUGGAUAUUUGUGGGAGGAAGGACCGAACAGCUUCCAGCCCAACGAUUCUAUGCUCACCAUGGCGGUUGACAGCGGACUGAAAGACGAGCUUGUUCUCGGGGACCCCGAUGCUCCUCGAUUUGUUUUGUGGGGUGGACAGCUUCGCAAAGUACCAGCGGGGCUCGGCGAUCUUCCGUUUUUUGAUCUUAUGAGCUUUGCGGGAAAGAUACGAGCUGGCCUGGGAGCUCUUGGAUUGAGGCCUCCACCUCCGGGUGGUGAAGAAUCCGUAGAGCAGUUUGUUCGUCGGAACCUAGGUGAUGAAGUCUUUGAGAGGCUGAUCGAACCUUUCUGUUCAGGCGUUUAUGCUGGUGAUCCUUCGAAAUUGAGUAUGAAAGCUGCAUUCGGGAAAGUAUGGAAGCUGGAAGAUCAAGGUGGAAGCAUCAUCGGGGGAACUAUUAAGCUUAUACAGGACAAGAAGAAGAAUCCCCCUCCGCCUCGUGAUGAGCGACUGCCGAAACCAAAGGGUCAAACUGUUGGAUCAUUUCGCAAGGGUCUCAUCUCGCUUCCCAAGGCUAUAGCAUCGAAGCUUGGCGAUAGCAUAAAGCUCAAGUGGAAGCUCUUGUCUGUAAAGAAAACAUCCGCGGGCCUCUAUACACUUGUUUAUGAUACUCCAGAAGGAACCACGGCUGUUUUGGCAAAAUCUGUCGUCCUCACAGUUCCAUCCUACGUUGCUAGUGAGAUUUUACGACCAGUUUCCCCUGCAGUUUCUGAUGCCCUCUCAGAGAUAUUCUAUCCUCCAGUUGUGGCAGUAACUUUAUCGUAUCCUAAAUCAGCCAUUCGAGAAGAUCGCUUGUCCAAUGGAGUUUUGAGUGGAUUUGGCCAACUUCACCCUCGCAGCCAAGGAGUAGAAACUUUAGGAACUAUCUACAGUUCCUCUCUUUUUCCAGGCCGUGCUCCCCAAGGCCGUGUUCUCUUACUGAACUACAUAGGAGGUGCCACCAACAUGCAAAUAUCAAUGAAGGAAGAUGAUGCUAUAGUGGAAGCAGUGGAUAGAGAUCUCCGUAAGAUGCUCUUGAAACAAGACGCGGAGCCACCGAAAAUUCUUGGUGUUCGGUUGUGGCCUCGAGCAAUACCGCAGUUCACGGUAGGCCACCUGGAUCAUGUUGAAGCAGCUCGGUUUGGUCUGAGGAACGCUGGAGUCGAGGGGAUUUUCCUGGGAGGUAACUACGUUGCGGGUGUUGCACUUGGUCGAUGCGUAGAAGGGGCGUAUGAAACUGCCGAGACCGUGUCCAAGUACUUGGCGCAAGUUCUACCAUCUUAGCCUCUAUGUCUCCCCGCAAUCCUGGAAGUACUCGCGGACUGAAGAUGUUUGACAAAAAAAAUUUCAGGCAACGCAAGCAAUCGUGAGUGAUGUUGCCAAGGUGGUCUGUCUACCCAAUGGGAAGCUGGCAACGCUUAUCUCCACUUAUCGAUUUUGUUCGAAUAUUCGUCCCAUUUGUCAAGAAAAAUUUCACAGUGCGCUA